GGAGCGCGAGCUGCAUCUAUAGUCCUGUCUCUCUGAGAUCAUUAUCAGUCACGGCAACGGGUCGCAACACACACGGAUCUAGAGCGAGCGAACAGAACACCCCCUAAUUUCGACCCACCGCCAACCGGGGAGGGGAAACGAUCGAAAACACCAGUCUUCUGCUCAACAACACGUCUACCAUUUUUACGCAUGUAACCACGAUCUCUCCAGUGACGUUACCGUUGGAUGUGGGGUUGGAGGCUACUCGGAUACAAUCUGCUAGUUUAUUUUCACUGCAGUAAAACGGUUUGCUCCGAUCCUCCCCCCGAGUCACGGAUUUGAGAGGGAAGCAGCACUAUGCUGCUGGCCGACUGACCAGCCACUGAUACGGCGAGGGGAUCUCUGCAGUGGACCUGUGAAUGUGCGUAGUUUACCCGCAUGCAAAGUUUAGCCUAUUAGCAUCACGCGCUGUAUUUCACAGAAAAAGUAAAUCUUCUAUUUUUGUGAACAUGUUCAUUUGAUUAUUAGAUCGGCUAUAAUUAUUUUUGGGGGGCUGUUUUCAGCGCACUGUUGUGUUGACGCCAUUUUCCUCGGGUUUGUCUAUAAAAAUAUUCUUGCACCAUUUGACAGCUAUCCAGGACGCUGUCAGUGCAUACGGCAGGUUCUGUACAUGUGACUACAUGGAUUUUAAAUGAUCUUGAUAACAUAUUUACACGAUAGACUCGAGUGUUCGAAAACAUUGGACAUGGUUUGGCCUUGUUGGAUUACAUGUGUUCCUGUGGGAGAACCAAUCCAGAAGGAGUAGCUAACGUUCCUAAGGCAACCCACUCUGACGGACAGCCACUCUCUGCAAACCUAUUGGCUAGCUGCCGCUGCUCUCUGGAUCCUGACUGGUUCUGGCGGGAGCGUGGAUGGAGUCGAGGGAUCUGGUUAGCUCAGCCCGACCUAAGGAGGCGGAAUUAGGAGGUGGAAGGGCUGAGCCUGAAGAGCAAGAACAGGAAAGGGCGGGUCUGGGGCCUGCGUCGCGGGGUGAUGAGGUCAUUGGUGAUGUGAUGGGUGAGCGCUGGGGGUCCCAGGGGGAAGGGGAGGGGCUAGAGGAACAGGAGUUCUCCAUUAAAGAAGCCAGCUUCCAGGAGGGGAGUCUGAAGCUGAAGAUCCAGACCACCAAACGCACCAAGAAACCCCCCAAGAGUCUGGAGAACUACAUCUGUCCCCCGGAGAUCCGGAUGACCAUCAGACCCCCCCCAGGGGAGGGCCGAGGGGGCCGGCUAGGGGGCCGUGCAGCGCAGGAGAAGGGACCCCCUAGGAAGAGGACCUAUGAGAGACCCUUCAGAGCAGCAGAACCUAAAGAGGGGGGCUACUGCAACUACUUGGGGAUGUCACCCCCCCGAAACACCAGUCCAAGCCCUCUAUCCUACACACCACACCACUGCCCCCACACACACUCACACACCAACCCCAACAGCAACACACACAGCCACCACAAUUCACUCACCAACAUACACACAGUCCAGCCUGGGCCACGCCUCCCUCCGCAUCCCCAGCCAAUCCAGUGCAUACUGAGCCCAGCAGAGAACCAGCGGGAGCCAAUAGGAGCCCUCUCUCUGAUCUGGCCCCUUCCUUCCUCAAACCUCCAAUGAAGAGAGUCCCAGGAAGCCCCUCCCCUCGCUCUUUCAGCCCCUCUCCCCAGCGACCCCUGAGCCCUGAUCCCGUGUUGCCCGUAGUAACGGACGCCAGCAUUCUGAACCUGACCUCUCUCUCCAGAGGACGGGGCUUACAGGAGGUCAGUGAGCAGCUGUUUGGAAACAUCAAGAGGAAGUACGGCAGGAAGGACCCCCAGAGGACUCUGGGUAAUACCCACAAUGCUGAGUUGCCAUGGGGGAGGAUGGCAGAGAAAGAUGCGGAGAGUCUGAUAGUUCUGGAUGAAAGGCAGAAGUACAGGAGGGAGGAGACCCCUGAGCUGGAGAGAGAAGAGAAGGAGAGCAUAGGGAGGACAAGAAAGGAGGAGGAGAGGGAGAUGCCAGCGCUUGGUGCUCCUGAGCUGAUGGAAGAGGGAAUAGGGAGGAAACGGAGGAGGAGGCGGUGUCUCCAGGAGUCACUCACCCAGGAAGACCAAUCAGAACAGCUGCAGGGCACUGACAUCACAGAGAGGAGCAAAUCAGGGCCCCCAGAGCCCAAAGUGGCCCACAAGACGGAAGGCAACAAGAUGGAGUCUCAUAAAAGAGAGACCCACAAGAUGGAAGGCAACAAGAUGGAGUCUCAUAAAAGAGAGACCCACAAGAUGGAAGGCAACAAGAUGGAGUCUCAUAAAAGAGAGUCCCACAAGAUGGAAGGCAACAAGAUGGAGUCUCAUAAAAGAGAGUCCCACAAGAUGGAAGGCAACAAGAUGGACUCCCACAGGAGUGAAUCUCGGUCAGGACGGCGUGAGGAGGGUAGCCAGCUUGAGGCAGACGGGGAGAAAGGAGAAAGAGCAGAUAAGGGAGAGAGAACAGAGAGAACAGAGAUAGGUGAGAGAGUGGAGAAAGGAGCAAGGGUGAUGAGUGGGGCCAACAUGGAAUCAGCCAUGAUCCAGAGCUGGGUGAGGAAGAACCCAGUUGGCCAUCCUAGAUCAGCCACAGAUCCCCACAAACACCCUGAUCCCAACCCUAGCCCCAGACUGCCUAGCCCGAACCCCAACCAUAUCCCUAAUUCAAGAUCCACUCUCAACCCUAACCCUAGACUGCCCAACCUAAGCCCCAUAUUUAACCCUAACCCCAAAACUAGCCUAAAACCCAGCCCUAACCCCAGCCCCAGCCUUCCCAAGACCAAGGACCGGUGGUCCUACCUGAAGUCCCGAAGCCCCCCAACCUAG